AUGCUGUCGUUUUUCCUUCCUCCCGUUGAACAGAAACUUGGUGACGCUAACCACCGUCACCCACUUCCCAUUAAAGAGAACCUUCUCCCGCACUGGGAUGUCCCUCAUAAAGACCGUCCAGGUGGUGGCACGAGUGCCAUCUGUGCUGCUAAUCAGAUAGCGCCGGAGACUUCAAGCUCUUUAGUGUAUGCUAUGCUAGUGGGAUACUAUCUACCCACAUUUGCGAACUUUGUGGUUCCAACGGUUGAAUCACGGCGCACGUACAAUGCCGUUUGGCAACUGUUUCCUGUCGUAGUACCUCUGCUACAGGCUCCCUUGCAUCGUCUAGUCAAGACAUGUUUCAGAAGUAAGAACAAGACACAACAGAAGGAAGAACGUAAGAAGAGUAUGCGUUACGCCCGGUACGCAUAUGGCACGUUCGCUUUGCUCUCUGGACUUACGUACCUUCACGCUCGAUACUCUGCGCCAGAUCAUGCUUCGUUCGCUAGUGCCUUUUUGCCCGGGUUGAGAGGCCACUUGGAGCCUGUCACCUCAUUUUCUGACGGGAUUGCGAGGUUCCUCCAGUAUGAUGAAGUGAUAUCCAUGGCUAGUGGGUUCAUUUGGCUCACGUUGAAAUUCAAAGAAUUGAAAGAUGCUGGGGUCUCGUUCUCUUGGUUGAAGGCUGUUGGGGGACUGGUGGGGACUACGGUUACGCUUGGCCCUGGAGCUUCGUUUGCGCUGGGUUGGGGCUGGAGAGAAGAGAUGAUGCAUAAAUUGGUUGGUGACAGACAGUAA